AACAAAAUAUUAGGGUUUCGGUGGCGGACAUCGUAGAGUACAGCCAAGUCGCGGCAGUCGCUAGGCUGCACUUUUCCCUUUUAGGCCACUGAAGGCUACCAUCGUCCAAACCUUUGCAACCCCCAUUCAUGAGAUAACGGCGAAUUCAGCAUGGCAAAGAGCAAGCGCGAUAGCGCGUUUUUGGACUAUGAUGAGCCUUUCAAGCGCCCUCGACAUUCCGGAAAUGCCCCGCCAAAAGAAGGGACCCAAGGCCGCAUCGACCCGACCUAUGGCCAGAGGAGUGCUUUUCCUGGACUCGACGAGGAUGGUGGCUUUGGGACUGAGGAUAACGACCUCGACUACGGCGAUGAUGCUGGGGCUAUAAGCUAUUUGAGAGCUGUCAGGUCCGAGGCUGCUGGAAUACCGACUGUUCUCGUCGCACCUAAACCCAUACUCGCAGGAGGCGACGAAGAGGACAGGGCUAUCUACGAUGACGGAGUGGGCGAUAGUCGUGGCUUCUACUCGGACGGCGCGUAUACCGCUGCGCCAGAUCCACAACCUGACGCUCCCGCCGAUAUCCCAGCCGCGAAGCACCUGCGGGCCAAGUACUUCGAAAAGAUCCUCGAGCGUUUCGAACACCUGCGCGAGCAGCUGGGCAAUACCCCUCCAGACGAUGUCGUUAAAAAACUCGACCAGAACCACGACUCGUACAUGUCCGCCUCGGCUGCGGAUUAUAGGAAAUGGAGGUGGAGGGUCAUCAAUACAGAGCCGAUGAACGCGCAACUGGCGAGGAUGGACAGAGCUACAUCGCUCAGGCUUCUGAGAUUAUUGACAAACGACAAACUUGCGAUGGGCGGGAGCACAGUUCCUUCCGAGAGGCUGAGCAGGUGGAUUUGGGGGGUGCUGGCGAGACUGCCAGAUAGUGGAGAGUUGAACAGCGAGGAAAUUGGGUUAGUGAGGGAUUUGGGCAAGAGAGCUGUAUGGUUGGGCGUUGUGAUAAAUCAACCCCAGUCCGAUACGGCAGCGGGGAUGCCGGGAGAUGAGUAUAAUGAGAGUGCGGAAGACUAUGACGACGAAGAAGAAGAUGGAGAGGUGGGAAAUGAGUUUCCUAUCCCCGAACGCGAAGAGAAUGACGCACGGGAGAAGGCAGUUGAAUAUAGGACAGAGGUGGGCGCCCAUAAGCCACGCGCUAAUGCCCCAGCGGCCCCGCGGGAUAAUAUAUUUCGGUUCGAUUCACCGGCCACGGAGUCAGUAACUGUACAUGCCACUCUGGCAAAGGCUGUGCUCGAGGAUUCUUUACCAAACCCAGAGAUCUAUAAUUUCUUUCGUUUCGGCUACGGGGAUCAGCUUACCGAAAAACAAUUGGGAGCUAGAGAGUGCCUUCGCAACUUCUACAGACGAAAUCGGGGAUUUGCGCGCUCCAAUUUACUGUUUUACUACCAGAGAAACCGUUUGGUGGAACAAUACGACGGACCACUGCCACCAGCAAAGCAGGCUGGUGGCAAUUGGGGAUACGAUUUUGAAGACUUUUUACACCAGAACCCAGGUUAUUCACAAUUUUUAGACUUUCCUAAUGAGGACGCGCCACGAAACACUGCAGGUGUCAAAUUUGGCGACGAAGCUUUUGACAGAGCCUGGCAGGCUGCUGGCCUUGAUACUCCGCAAACUAGGGUAUAUGACAACGGCCAAGACGAAGAAGAAAUCGCAAUGGCAAAACUGGGUCUGUUUGCUGGCAGAGAUCCUCGCCCAGCUAUCAUUGAAGAGCCCAAGCCUGAAGUGGAGGGUCAAGAGGAGACAUUAGAAGUCGCGCGUGGUCGUAUUCUUGCACAAUUAGGAGAAGCAGGAGAUGCUAACGCUGCUGAACUGGCUCGGGCAAGGGACGCUUUGAAGGAACAGGAGCUUAAGGAGCGAGCUUGUGAAGAAGAAGAAGACGCAGCGAGACUGCUGAAUGCAAAGGCGACAGUGGACAUGAUCAUCACUGUAGCGGGCGAAAUAUAUAGACAGAGGGAUCUGUUGGAGUUCAGGGAGACAUGGGAUUAGCGUUGAUGGGGGAAUCAUACAAUAUUGUUUUAGUCUAAUGUAAUAGUAGACAGAGCUAAGAAUUUGCACCUUGUUAGCAACUAGCUGUUGCUCAACUUCUCAUCACACAACCACUACUUCUCAUCGGCAAAUUCAGCUUCGUCAUAAGAAUACCCUUGCUUCUUUAGUGCCCACUUGACCGCCGCCUGCACGUUAUCCACAAUCAUCUUCGGCUCGUACUUUGGUGGCUUCCCCUCCUGCCACACGCCCGUCUUCACCAGAAUGCUGUCCCAGCUCGUCCCAGUCGGGCUCUUGAAAUUAUUCGCGCCCCUGAUAUCGCUCUCCGGGUUGUCCCCAAUCAUAAACACCUGUUUGAGAUCCCCUACUUCCUCGUGAAGAGCACUUAGUAGCUCAACCCUGUGCUUCUGCAGCACGCGCUCGGAGUACAGAUACGUCUCUUGCGUAGGCUUCCCCAUGACGAGCUUGGUCAGCUCCGCGCCGUCGGUAACCUCAUCCCACACGCCCUGGAACGCGGCGCGGAAGCCACCCUGGCCGAGCCGCGAAAGAGGGUGCGAGGUGGCCCAGAACAGGUCCGGGUUGCUGAAGAUGAGCUUUGGUUGGCCGUCCUGCAGCCACCCGUUGUUGGGGAGCGACUUGUCCCCGUUCUUGACGGAGUAGGUAUUCAGCUCGCCCUUGGAGGAGAGAAGGAGGUCCAGUAUGAUUUGCGUGUCAAGUGCCCAGUCGUGGGGAUCGGAGAACACAAAGAUGGCGUCGACCUUGAGAGGUCCGGGGGGAAGCGGCUUGGCGAUAGAGGAGUAGUGCGAGGCGUGAAGAGCAGCAAAAGGCCAUAUAUUUGGGUGGGCGGUAAGGAUAUCUCCUGGAGUUACGACAUUCUUGAAGCCAUAUCUGUGAGCAAUAUCCCUGACUCGUUGCUGAUCGGUUCCGGUGACGAAAAUCGUCUUGUCUUUCAGCGCCUCGUAGUCCUGGCUGCCGUUAACCAUCUCCUGAAAUGGCGUGUGACUCUGCACAAAGUUCUCUGGGCUUAAUGGGAUAUCGAAUCUUGAGCUUAACUCGGCGACACGCUCGGUUUCGUGCUUGCCGCCGCCAUUGGUCAGGAGGAUGAAGGGAAUCGAGUGUUUAUUUAAAAAUCGCAGGGUUGAGGAGGCACCCGGUAGGCUCUUAGAGGAACGGAGGAGAACGCCAUCGAUAUCGAAGGCAAAGGCGAAGUCUGGAGGCGCUGGCACCGUGGUAUUAUUGUCUCGCGGUGUUGACUGGUGACGGAAUUGCCGUGCAUGUCGCCGAUGCGUUGUGAAGGCGGGGGAUGCUGAGGCAGCAGAGCGGAGAACUGGGCGGGACCAUGAUGCUUGCAAGAUUGGCCGGGUAAGGCUAGAAGAGCGAAGAGCUCUUGGAAUAAGUAAAGGCUUCAUGAUCUAUUAUAACUUGACAAUGCCAACUUAUGUGAGUG